CAAUCCAUUCGAAACCAAAAGCAAGAGCGAACCCAACUAGAUCUAAACGAUUCGAUCUCAUACAAAAGACGCAAUUAUGAGGAGACGAAGCCCUCUCCCUCCAAUGUCGUUAUCGUUGUCGCUUUGCUGGGCUCUGUCCUUUUCGGACACUGGCAGGGGGCCUGGCUCUUGCUUCGCCUUUUCUCCCUCGCCUCCGUCGCUCCCUUUUGGUUUGAUUCAACCAACGAGAACCGCAGCAAAGACAACAGUCAAUUCCGGCGCUGAUUCCAAUUCCAAGUCCAAGCGCAUCCGCGCGGCCUCCUCCUCUUCCACGGCCUUGCACCUGGCCGACGAAAUCAAGGACUACCGACGGGGCCUCUCUCAGAUCCACAGCGACACAACGCAGGCGCACGGCGUCCCGUCGAGCGACGGUCCGACCAGUUGCGUCUUCAAAUUUGGCGGAUCCUCCCUCGCCGACGCGGAGCGGAUCGAUCACGUUUCGAAGCUCGUUAAGGACCAGAUCGAAACCCACGGAUACCGGCCCCGCGCCGUGGUGUGCUCGGCCAUGGGCAAGACGACGAAUAACCUCCUGGGGGCCGGAGAGUUUGCGCUGGGUGAGUACAGUGUGUAGAACUUGUUGCGAUGCGUUGUGAGCAAUGCGGUGUAGGAAAAUCGCUACUCUUCGUCCCAUAGCAGUGCAUUCGGGUUGCAACUGCUUGGUGACAAGAACCACACUCGCAAUAUAGUUUUGUUGUUACUUGAUGUGUUACUUGAUGUCUUGCGUUAUGUUGCGUUGUAUUGCGUUACGACUGGAUUUCUUAUAAUGCACCACACAUACGUAGUAUGUAGUAUGCGCUAGAUUGAGACCAUACACUACGCAUGACCAAUGCGCAACGCAACCCAUGCUCGACACGGGAUAAGGAAAACCUGAUAUCCAAGAAACAAGCUGAGAAAAGCAAACGAGCAGGCAAAUUGAAGCAUCAAUCCAUCAACGACCACAAUCCUCAACGUCGCAACCACUGAUUCACAAUUGACCUUCCAUCUUCUUCAUUCUAUCCCGAAAAUACUAUCCUGCCCCUUCGCAUCAUGCCGUGUAAUGUCAUGCAACAAAACACACUCGGUCGUGCCCUUACAAAACACACGCACUACGAUUUCAGAGGGCCGGGUCUCUAUCGACGCCAUCCGCACACUGCACCACAAUGCCAUGGACAAGUUCGGCUUUGCCGAGGACUGUCACACCCGUUCCGACGUCGAUGCUCUACUGGACGAAUGCGAGCAGAUGCUCACCGGCGUCAAGAUGCUGAAGGAGCUUAGCCCGCGGUCUCUUGACCAGCUCGUCUCGUAUGGGGAGAGGUGCUCGGUCCGAAUCGUUGCGACGCGGCUCAACCAACUCGGUGUUCCUGCCCAGUCCUUUGACGCGUGGGACGUCGGGGUGAUCACCGACGACAACUUUGGCGACGCGUUGCUCCUGCCGGAACACGAAGAAGCCGUCCGGAAGGCGUUCCAUCGGAUCGAUCCGGGGGUCGUCGCAGUCGUCACCGGCUUCAUUGGGCACGAUCCAGACGGCCGCAUCACCACGCUGGGCCGUGGGGGCUCCGACCUGACGGCCACGGCCAUCGGGGCGGCCCUCAACCUCGACGAGGUGCAGGUCUGGAAGGACGUCGACGGCAUCCUCAGCACGGACCCACGGGUCGUCCCGAACGCCGUUGCCCUCGACCGGGUCUCCUUCGAGGAGGCCUCCGAGCUAGCCUACUUUGGGGCGCAGGUUCUUCACCCGAUCGCUAUGCAGCCCGCUCGGAAGCACGGCGUCCCGGUCAGGGUCAAAAACUCGUACAACCCUGGGGCGGUGGGGACGAUCAUAACGGAGGAGGCCUCCUCAAAGGAACGGUUGGUGAGUUUUCUGUGUAUUGGUUGGUUUCUGCUGUUUGUGCGAGAGAUGCCUCUGCUUCUCGAGAGCUUUCGUGUUGCAUUGUUUGGUCAUUCACAUUUUGUUUUUCUUUGGUUUUCCAGGUAACGGCAAUCACCUACAA